AUGGACUUCAAAACAUCAGAAAUGGAGGCCAUUAUGAACUUUGAAAACUUUCGCUUGGCCACAAGCUUCGACAACCAAGCCCAAUCUGCCUUCCUUCGCCCCAAUCCCAGGCUCGAGCAAUGCCUGGCCAACUCAACAGCCAAAGGUCUUCCGCCCAUCAGCGUCCUCCCUAUGGCCGGCCAACAUCUAUCCAUUCUCGCUCAGAUCAUAGGAGCCAAAUCGGUUCUCGAGAUUGGUACGCUAGGGGGCUACUCGUCCAUCUGGUUUGCGGAAGCAGGCGCCAAGGUGACCAGUAUCGAAAUUGACCCAAAACAUCGAGACGUGGCGUUGGAGAAUGUGAAGGGCCUCGAUGCAGAAGUUAUACUCGGAGCGGCGCUGGAUGUCUUGCCGAAACUUGCAGAGGAAGGGAAGCAGUUUGACAUGGUGUUUAUCGACGCGGCCUUUGAGGACCAGUGGGAACACUUCGACUGGGCUGUUAAGUUGACGCGUCCAAAUGGAUGUAUCUUCCUAGACGAUGUGAUCCCCACAAUGAUCAAGGACGGACAGACUAAGGAGGGAGGCGAGACUAUCUUGACAAAGAUUGGAAGAGACCCCAGGGUCCAGGCCACGUUGAUGCCCACAGUAUCUUGCCACCCAAUGGUGCCUACGCCUGUGUUCACUGGAUUCGUCCUGGCUGUUGUCAAAGUCCACUAA